AUGUUAACACUACCGUUUGAUGAGUCUGUUGUAAUGCCAGAAUCCCAGAUGUGUAGAAAGUUUCCCAGAGAAAGUGAUGACCAAAAGCAAAUGAAGAACCCAGAAAGCUUUUCAAAGCAAAUCGUACUCCGAGGAAAGAAUAUUAAAAGAUCUCCUGGAGAAGACACAGAAAAAGAGGAGGAGGAGGAAGAGAGAGAAGAGGAGGAUGAGAAUGGCUUGCCUAGGCGAAGGGGCCUUCGGAAAAAAAAGACAAGCAAGAUAAGGAUGGAAAGGAUCAAAUUCAGGCGACAAGAAGCCAAUGCGAGAGAGAGGAACCGGAUGCACGGCCUUAACGAUGCCCUGGACAAUUUAAGGAAAGUGGUCCCUUGUUAUUCUAAAACACAAAAACUGUCCAAAAUAGAAACUUUAAGACUAGCCAAGAACUACAUUUGGGCUCUUUCUGAGAUCCUGCGAAUUGGCAAGAGACCCGACCUGCUCACCUUCGUGCAAAACUUGUGCAAGGGUCUGUCCCAGCCAACGACAAACUUGGUGGCGGGAUGCCUGCAGCUGAAUGCCAGAAGUUUCCUGAUGGGCCAGGCAGGUGAAGGCGCCCAUCACACCCGCUCACCCUACUCCACCUUCUACCCCCCCUACCACAGCCCUGAGCUUGGCACCCCCCCGGGGCAUGGGACUCUCGACAACUCCAAGUCCAUGAAACCUUACAAUUACUGCAGCGCUUACGAGUCCUUCUAUGAAAGCACUUCCCCUGAGUGCGCCAGCCCACAGUUUGAAGGUCCCUUAAGUCCUCCCCCAAUUAACUAUAAUGGGAUAUUUUCCCUGAAGCAAGAAGAAAGCUUGGACUAUGGCAAAAAUUACAAUUACGGCAUGCAUUACUGUGCAGUGCCACCCAGGGGUCCCCUUGGGCAGAGCUCUAUGUUCAGGUUGCCUACAGAGAGCCACUUCCCUUACGACUUACAUCUGCGCAGCCAGUCUCUCACCAUGCAAGAUGAAUUAAAUGCAGUUUUUCAUAAUUAAUGAGGAAAAUGAAAAUAAACAGUGGUCAUUCACCUCCCCAUCUAAUUAAGAGCAAGCAGAUGCUUGGGCACUGCGUAAUUGGCACAACUCUAUUUAACGUGUUUACUAGUUCCUAAAGUGUGUUUCAACUAUUGUGGGGAUUUUCUAUGUAUUAAUAAAACAUUUUCCCAAUAA